AUGAUCCCUUACCCAACCGUCCAAGACGCGUCUAUAGCUUUAGGACGGAACCUGACAUGGUUCGAAACGGUUUGGUUCGAUUACUCAGCCACCAAAUCUGAUUUCCAUGUUUACUGUCACACCAUUUUAAUACUUUUCCUAGUCUUUUCUCUCGCUCCUCUCCCUUUUGUGUUCGUUGAAUUGACUGGCUGGUUCGAGCGGUUUAAGAUUCAGCCCAAAGUGAAGUAUUUGUUGUCAGAUAUGUUUCGGUGUUAUAAAGAUGUCAUGAAGCUGUUCCUACUUGUAGUCGGCACGUUGCAGUUCGUUACUUAUCCUUCCAUCCAGAUGGUUGGGAUUCGAAGUGGGUUGCCAUUACCAACAUUAAUGGAGAUGGUAGCACAAUUAGUGGUGUACUUCUUGAUAGAAGAUUACACUAACUAUUGGAUCCAUAGAUGGUUGCAUUGCAAAUGGGGUUUUGAGAAGAUACAUCGAGUCCAUCACGAGUACACUUCUCCGAUCGGGUAUGCAUCGCCGUAUGCACAUUGGGCUGAGGUCUUACUUCUUGGGAUUCCGACAUUUCUUGGACCGGCGAUUGCACCUGGCCACAUUAUGACCUUUUGGCUGUGGAUAAGCUUACGUCAAAUGGAGGCGAUAGAAACUCACAGCGGAUAUGAUUUUCCAUGGACUCCGACAAAAAUGGUACCAUUCUACGGUGGGGCUGAGUAUCAUGAUUAUCAUCACUACGUUGGAGGACAAAGCCAGAGCAACUUUGCUUCAGUUUUCACUUAUUGCGACUAUAUUUACGGAACUGACAAAAAAAUCUCGCGCGAGCAAAUGGCGUGGAACGUGUUCAAGUUCUGCACAGCACUCCGCGCGUUGGGUUCGAUCAUGAUCCUUGUCGUAUUAGGAAUCAUCGGAUUCACAUACUACGCCCUUGUCGUUGCCAAUUACGGACCGUCUCUACUCCUCGGUGGUCUCGAUUCAUUACUAGCUCUUCUCGUUUUAGCCCUCUUUCACUUUCUGCUUAUAAUGUUACUGUGGAGUUAUUUCUCUGUUGUUGUGACGGACCCUGGUGGUGUACCACCGGGAUGGAGGCCGGAACUAGACAUUGAGAAAAGCGAUGGAAGCCAAGAAUACACUUCACUUACGGUUGGUGAUUCAUCUUCUCAUAUUGUAAGAUACUGCCGGAAGUGCAAUCAAUAUAAACCUCCUCGUUCUCACCAUUGUUCUGUCUGUGGAAGAUGCAUUCUAAAGAUGGACCAUCACUGUGUGUGGGUUGUGAAUUGUGUUGGGGCAAAGAACUACAAGUCUUUUCUCCUUUUCUUGUUUUACACAUUUCUUGAGACAACGGUGGUUGCAGUAUCACUCUUUCCAGUUUUCCUCGUAUUUUUUACCGAUGGAGAUAGUGAUGUUACCGUUUCACCAGGAAGCCUAGCUGCCACUUUCGUUGCAUUUGUAUUGAACAUAACAUUUGCGCUAAGUGUCCUAGGCUUCCUAAUCAUGCACAUAAUGUUGGUCGCGCGUAACGCCACGACUAUUGAGGCAUAUGAGAAACAUACAGCUCCUAACUCUCCUUAUAAUCUUGGUCGUAAGCAAAACUUUGAACAGGUUUUUGGAAGGGAUAAACUGUAUUGGUUCUUGCCAUUGUACACAGAAGACGAUAUGAAGAGGAUGCCAGCACUUAGAGGGUUAGACUUUACGAGCAGGUCCGAAGAGUCAGAGCCGCUUCAGUCUCUAUGA